AUGAAGUUUCAGUCGACUGCACUUGGUGUCAUAAUUAGCUUUUGUUUUUACACGAUUGCGGCUACAGAUGAACCGGGGAACUAUGUCUGUGAGAAAGAUUACCUGCUAUCUGAUCUAAUAUCAAGAUAUGUGAAGAGCUCUUGCACCUCAUUAAAAUACGCAGACAUUUCAAACAGACAUCCGGUUACGUUCGACGGUUCUUCCCAUUUCGGCAUAUCGGACGCAACCCUUUUCGCCAUGCCGACACGGGUAGAUAAUGUGAAAAGAUAUGCGGGAGGUAACUCCGGAAGGAAUCGAAUCGUCAUAGACUCCAUGUGCAAUCUUAUUGGACUUGUUUAUAUAACCAACCAAUCCUACAAACGCUGUGUUAAGAUCUUGGAUUCUAUUGAUGAAUCAUGGAGUACUUCUGAGACUAUUUCGAGUCCUGUACCAAAAACGUAUGGGUACAAUUGCAAUUACAGGAUAUUUAUUCUCGAAGAGACUCUACAGUAUUAUCGAGACCUCAAACAACAAAUUUCUACACUCGAAAAAUGGAAAGUUAGCAAUCAUAUCGACAUGAUAAUUGCAACCGAGUUUGCGGAAAACAUGGUUUCUAUAUGGCCAAUUCAGAUCAAUGGAAAACUGAAAGAAAACACAUGCACGUUUAUAAUAACCCUCUCUCUUAGACAAAAAACUAAUUAUCGUAUUGCGGUAGACAAAAACUUAAUCUUUCUGGGAAUGAUGUAUCGCCUAGAUUCAGGAUGGAAGAGAUGUGCACAAAUUGAAUAUGUUGAUCCAGAACCUCCAAGAUCAUUGGAUCCCACGAAAAACUCGAUUGGAGAGAGGAUAUUUGAAAACGUAAGUGCAUACAAAUGCGACGAUGUGUAUUUCUCGGCUAUCACGGUAAAUAGUCACAUGCAAGCAGCGUGUACAUCAAUAUCCGAAGAUACUAGACUUCAAGAAGGUUACAAUCGAAUGUGGCCAAUUCGAAAAGAAGAGUUUCCUACCACUUCAAGAGGUACAAAAGACUGGAAUUACUACAUCAAAUUUGAUCUUGACUGUAAUUUUUUGGGUGUGCAUGUCCGUUUGAAUAACAGGUACCGGGAGUGUCCAAAAGACACGUCAUCCUUGCACCCCGCUAAACAAAGACCAACCUUAACUUGUUUAAACUUAUUUCCUCAUUAG